AUGCCCAUGCUAAUUUCACUCUCUCUCUCUCUCUCUCUUAUUUUUUUGCUCCUUCUUCUUCUUCUUCUUCUUCUUCAUCUUCUUCUCCGCCUCGCGCGCCUCGACCUCCCUGUGUUAUCGGAUCGGGUGCACAAGUGGGUGCGGGUCUUGGCCUUGCAGCGAUUUCUUGCUACCGAAGUUUGGCAGCAUUUUGCUUACCCCGUGCUGCGCUCACAUGUCAACUUGUGGUUUACUCGACUGUGGUGCGCAGACAAGGCUGAUGAUUUGGAGCCCCGCAAGCGGUUUGACAUUCAUGCCAGCUGCAAGGUGACCGACCCCUUCCAGCGGGAUUCCGGAUCCGAGGCCCUUUGGUGUCUUCGCAUCAGCUUUACCAAGGCGCAGGCCAACCAUGCCAGCGGCGUCAGCAAUCAAGAAUGGCAGAGCGAGGACGAGGAGGAUGAAAGCAGCCCACCCGUCGGCAGGAAUUCCUCGGUGCAGAGCAAGGGAUCCCGCAGCAAAGGCACACUUGAGGUGGCGGUGGCCUCCUACGAGCUGGCUGCUGCAUGGGUCUCAGCCAUCCGUCAGUGCGUGUCCAACGUGCGCCGCUCCAUCAAGCGGCAAAAGAAUAAAGCAGAACCGUCGGGCUCACUUCAGGACAUGACCUCCUCAUCGGAGAUGAUCAACAGUAGCCACACAAACCCCAUAAUGACCCCCGACACCGAAGGCAGCUGCACACCCCACAUUAUUCGCGAGCCUGACUACGGUGAUAUCCCCGUUGCCUUCCGUCACAUCAUGGACAAACGCAGCAUCGAGUCGCCGCUCACCUCGUCAAAUGUGGUCGUUGACCGCAUUGACAACGGUCUGGCCAUCUAUCGCGAGGAUACCCAGGACGAAGAAAAGAUUUUCGAGUGGGAGGUCCUGCGCCCCUACAACCAAAAUCUGUACCUAAGCCUCUUUCUCUUUGCCAUGACAAUCGUUUUACUCUUUGGUGUGCCCACUCACUCGUCAAUGGUCAAGCUGCUCAUCCUCUUCCUGGGCUUUGGUGGCGCCCUCUACGCGGUCUUGCGCAAUGUGCAGCGCAUGAAGGGCCUCAAACCCGUGUUUCUGGCUGGCCACCACGUUCGAGGUGCGCCCCACGAGGUCAACGAGACCCUGUUGGCCACAGAUCACACUCGUCUACUCUGGGACGGUGCCAAUGCGCAGGUCACCGUGCUUGAGCGCCGUGACGAACACGUGGAUGUGGUGCACAUCAGGCAACGUGCCGUCUUCUCCUGGCCAUUUUGGUACAAACCACGUGACAUGGUUUGCCUGCGCUAUUGGGCUCGCGAGGCUGAUGGGAGCUACGUCAUUGUCAUGCAGUCCACCUCGCAUGCGGAUGCCCCUGUGACCUCCAACUUCGUGCGUGCCGAGGUUCUGUUUUGGAGCUAUCUCAUUUGCCCCCUCAAACCAGAGUACUUGGAGAAGGGCAGUAAGAUGAUGAUGACAUCUUUCGUCGUGGAAACCAUUCGGCUGGAUCCCCGAGGCAUGGUGGCUCAUCUCCAUCCUUUUCACCACUUUUCCUAUCCUUUCGUGGCGCCGCUGCUGACUGAUCUCAUGGCCCUGGCUGGCUACCUGCGUUCCAAAGAUUUCGUGGAUGCCGUCUCCCGGAGCCGGGUGGCUGCAACACCCAGUGUCUCCGCCGCCCCUACAAGUUCAAACACAGGAUACACCCAACUUGAUCGCGCCGUAGAGAUUGAGGCUUUGGCCAACGGUGUUGAUCUGGACGUGGACGACAGCACGCCUUCGGUGUCGGACCUAUCCCUGGAUGAUGGAACUGAGCGUGCCUCAGGGCUGCGGCAACGACGCUCCAAGAAAAAUCGCUCGGCAUUUCCCACGCUGAACAAGCCGAUGCAACUUCCUACCACUCCCACAGAAGCCAAGGCUGCGAGCCAGCUCUGGUGGGUCGAAAGCGACCUUGUCAAGGGCGUGCCACGAGAACGCUGCACCUUCUCGUCAGCCAGCGUGAUGGAGCCAGACGCCACCAAGUAUUCGAUCCGCGGCCCCACCUACUUGGAAGAUGGCAUCAAGAUACCCGCGGCCCCAGCCAUGUUUCGCCUCGUGGCCGUUGACAUUUAUUCCUUUGAUGACCCCAACGAUUGUCGUAACAUUGGCUCGCGAUCCACAAUCUGUCGCGAAGCCGAAGCCAUCACCGACCCCAUUGAGCGUGAGAAGCACUUUACCUUUGUUGCUGUGAUCAUUCCAUCAGCCCGCAACUUGUCCGUGGUGAUGCAUUAUCAACCCCUGGACCCUGAUUGGCGUACCAAGCACCCACGCUUCAAUGAACUUUUUACCAACUUUAUGAAUGGCAGUGACCAGUACCGUAAUGAGCGAUUCAAGCUAAUCCCCGACAUUGUCAAGGGCCCCUUUGUGCUUCGGGCCUCGCUGCGUACACGCCCGGCUAUUCCUGGCACCAAGAAGGUGGACAUUGGUUACUACGGCGGUAGCAACUGGUUCGAGGUUGACAUUGAUGUUUCGGGUCAGAACAAAGCCAAGUACCUUACUUCACUGGCCUUGCCCGUGGCAAAAUCCCUCAUCGUGGACUUGGCCUUUUUGGUUGAAUCACAACAUGUCGCCGAACUGCCUGAGCAAAUUAUUGGCGUCGUUCGUUUCGACAAGACAGACCUUUCGCAGGCCAUCAAGGUGCCCAGGGGCGUGACGACGCUCCCACCCCAGGACGCCCCCACCGCCCCGUAG